AUGGCCCUGCUGAAUAACCUCUUGAAUGGCUCCUCCGUGGCCCAGCCACGGAGCCACCCUCCGAGCAUCCAGUCUGCAGGGCCAGCAUUUGUUCCUCCAGCGAACCGAGCACAAUACGUACCACACAGCGCAUCACUGGCAUUACCUCUCUCUACAGUCAUUCCGGAGCGGAUGGGGGACAAUGUAACCGUGCCCACUAGCCGCACGUGGACACCAAGCACCGGAGGCCCAGACUUUCUCACCGAAGGAGAUGAAGAACAGAAUCGAUCCAUCUUCGAAGAGAAAUACAACAAGCUAGCGAGCGAGAACGGAGUGAGACCGCUCGUCGUUGGAGACUUUGACGCCCAUCUUCGCAACCGCAGUGGUUCUUUCAGCCCUGAAAAGAAGAAGAAUUGGUUCUCUCGAUUCCUUCGAGGAUCGUCCAACCAGUCAACGCCAAAGAAGGUAGCCCCUGUGCCUCCGCAUAAACGAAGCACCUCGGACCAAGGAUCCUUCAGUCGCUACAAAUCGAAUGCGCCCAAGAUUCUCGACAUGCAAGACUUGGUGCGGUUGACUGGCAGCAGCGUCUUGUACCUACCUGCGGGAUUCGCCCCUCACCCUUUGGCUCUCCCUACGUGCCUUCGAGCGACCGCUCACUACCUUGUUGAGAACCCCGACAACCGAGGCGUUUUCAGAGUCCCAGGCUCCAACAGGACUGUGGAUGCUCUUUACGACUAUUAUUGUGACGCUAGUGGCAGUGAUCCUUAUAUAUCCAGCACCACCUAUCUCCCUACCCUGCCGGAAUCCAUCCCGCAUCGUGUUCACGACGUGGCUUCUCUUUUUAAGCGCAUUCUUUCCCGGUUGCCAGGAGGUAUUUUAGGAUCGAUCACGUUGUUUGAUGCACUCCUUGCCAUCUAUUCAGAACUCAAAGAUCGGCUGGAGGUUCCUGCAGAAAAACUGGAAAAGACUCGUGCACGACUCAUUGCGAUGGCUAUUCAAGCCAUGGACUCGCGACCCCAACGGGAUCUGAUUUGUGCAGUCUUUGGCUUGCUCAGUCAUAUUGGCUACGCUACUGAAGUAUCGCCGACCACAGAUGCCGAGGGUCGACCUCUACCGCCUAGUCAGCUCAUGUCAUACAAUGCUCUUGGAAUCAUAUUUGGUUCGCUGCUGGUUGGAUCAGACCUUGACAACUACGACAUGAAGGAGUCUUCGCCAACUUCUGGCCUAUCCCUGGUUCCGAUGUCAGCAAAGAAGCGCCGCGAUCGGCAAAAGGCAAAAAAGGAGCUCAAUGCUGAUAUUCCGGAUGUCGGAAAGAUCCAAGUUCUAAAUGGCGUCGCCGAGAUGGUGAUUUCCAACUGGCGAGAUGUUGUUCGCCAGAUGCUGUCACUGACGGCAAAACUUGACGAAAAGACGAAGUCAAUGCAGGGGCCGCAUGACGAUUACCAGUCCUCCAUCUCGGAAUCAUUCAUGGUCAAUCGUACAAGGGAUUCGGGUGUGGAAAACAGGAGAGAUUUGCCCGGUCAAGCUCAGGCUUUGGAAUCCGCCCAUGUCUCACUCAGGAGAACAAAGUCAGCGGCAUCACAAUUGUCCAGACAGGGAAGCGGCAGAGGGCCUUCCAGACAGUCAUCUCUUCGGUGGGUUACUCCGACUAUAGAAGAGGGACACCAGCAGAGGGAUCUUUGCAACACUGUUAUCGUCUCUAUCACGCCUAUCAGCGAGGGUGGCAUCGUUGAGCCAGCUCCAACCAGCAUCACGGCAGUCACGCCGCCCUCGAGGCAGUUGUGCUAG